CCCACAACCACCACGGCCCAAGACUAUCGUAAUUACGCUAGUAAUGGAGCCGUUUAUCUUUUAUGAAGAGUAUGCACUCGCUAUUUGUAAAACAUGUCAGUUUGCUGUGGUUAGUGACGAGUUAGCCACCCACCUACGGACACGCCACCGCCAUAUCCCACCGUCGACCCGUAGUAGCAUCGUCAAGGCCAUCUCUAGUAUAAUGGGCAUACGUACGAACCAGGCCAGUCUUGCGCAGCUGCAGUAUCCCGACCCAUCAACAGCCCCCAUCGACCAUCUUGCCGACCCACGCACGGACGGUAUCCGAUGUCACCGAUGCUCUUAUGUUUAUCGCCAAACUCAAAGGAUCCAGGAUCACUACCGAAGACAUCACGGGUGGGUGAACGACUAG